AAAUACAAACUUUCAAAACGGGCUACAAGCAACAACAAAAGUUUAAUUAUGUCACUUGUUCAAAUAUAUAUACAUAUAUAUCUGUUAUAAAAAUGUCAAGAUUAAUUUCUAUUACUAAAGAUGAUCAUUGGAUAUACGUAUUGAUAUCAUAAAUCUGCAAAUGUAUUACGCAAUAGAACAUGACAAAGGUUAAGUUAUCUUGACCCGUAAUACUACUACAUGUCACCUGGGAAGUAAGAAGUAACAUUGAGAACGUGAUUUUUUGAGUUUUAAAAACGUAAUAUGCCUGAGAACGUAAAGAAAACCGGUCCUUUGAUAGGCGCAAUUGACGAGGGAACAAGUAGCGCUAGAUUUUUGGUGUUUGACGUAUUACGUAGAAAGGUAGUUGCCUUGCAUCAAAUCGAAAUCAAACAGAAAUAUCCGCAAGAAGGAUGGGUGGAGCAAGAUCCGAUGGAGAUAUUGCAAGCUGUCAUAGCAUGUAUAGAAGAGACAGUGAAAAAGAUGAAGAAUCUUGGCUUGUCAGUCUCGGAUAUUAAAGCUGUUGGGAUUACUAACCAAAGGGAGACUACGCUGGUGUGGGAUAAAGAGACUGGCGAGCCUUUGCAUAAUGCAAUUGUGUGGCACGAUAUGAGGACAACUACAACUAUGGAAGGUGUGUUGGAUAGUAUCCCCAACAAAACAAGGAAUAAGAAUUACUUGAAGCCUCUAUGUGGCUUACCAAUGUCUCCCUAUUUUAGCGCCCUUAAGAUACGCUGGUUGAUAGACAAUAUUCCACGUGUGAAACAAGCGAUAGACGCAGAAAAGUGUGCUUUCGGAACAGUUGACACGUGGCUCAUUUGGAAUCUUACAAAGGGCCAGUUGCACGUUACAGAUGUAUCAAAUGCAUCGCGUACAAUGCUGAUGAAUAUCGAAACAUUGAAGUGGGAUCCUUUAUUAUGUCGUUUUUUUGGCAUUCCCCAACACAUUCUCCCUGAAAUACGAUCUAGUGCAGAGAUUUAUGGUUUUGUUGCAAAUCCUGAAAUUCUCGCAAACAUACCUAUAGCAGGCUGUGUAGGUGAUCAGCAAGGAGCUCUCCUUGGCCAGUUAUGCUUGAAACCUGGUCAAGCAAAAGCUACGUAUGGCACAGGAUGUUUUUUGCUUUACAAUACAGGAAAUACAAAAGUUGAUUCAACCCAAGGAUUGAUAACUACGGUCGGUUACAAGAUCGCGCGAGCCCCGGCUGUUUACGCACUAGAAGGAUCCGUCGCUGUUGCUGGAGCCGCUUUAUCCUGGCUGCGAGAUAACAUGCAGCUUCUGAGUAAUAUUACGCAAACGCAGGAUAUGGCAGAGCGUGUAAGAUGUUCAGGUGACGUGUAUUUUGUACCGGCCUUUUCAGGGCUGUACGCACCUUAUUGGCAGCAAGAUGCACGCGGAGUAAUUUGUGGUAUUACCGAGGAUACACAACAAUAUCAUAUCAUACGAGCAGCAUUAGAAGCAGUUUGCUUCCAAACGAGAGAUAUAUUAGAAGCAAUGGUAAAAGAUUCAGGAACGAAACUGACAACUCUACAGGUUGACGGUGGAAUGACUGUGAAUGAUUUGUUAAUGCAAUUACAGGCGGAUUUAACCGGAAUAAAUGUUGUGAGACCGAAGAUGGUUGAAACAACGGCAUUAGGUGCUGCCAUUCUAGCUGGUAUUGGUGCAGGUUUAAUUGAUAUUAAUGAAGUGGAUGCAUCUCAAGUAACUAAAUUCUCACCUGAAAUUAGUGAAGAUGAGAGAGAUCUUCGAUAUUCUAAGUGGAAAAUGGCUGUUGAAAGAUCUAUGAAGUGGGAUUGUUCUACAACCCCAAUUUAAUUAUCUAAUGGAUAAUUAAAAUCUUAUGCGUAUAUAUAUUUUUGUAUUGGGCAUGGAAUGGACAUCUGUACAGGAAAAUAUAAAAAUGAUAACAUCUGUGAUAUA